CGUUACUUCGCGAGAUUUGCUUGGCGCCGCGACCUCAUGUGAGGCACCUCCUGCGCGAGCCAGUCAGACGUUACCUCUGCAGAGGAAAACGCAAUGAAGCCCUAAAAAACACUGACCAUUUAAAAAAAAAUCUUUAACCCUGGGGCGGGGGAAAACAAUUUGUUGCCCCGAAUUACCGUUGUAACUGUUGUUUAUCUGAGGCGUAAGACGGCGGCGCAACGAUGUGGAUCCAGGUUCGUACUAUAGACGGGAAGGAGACACGAACCGUUGAUGAUCUUUCUAGAUUGACAAAAAUUGAGUCCUUACGCCUGAAAAUACAAGACAUCUUCAAUGUAAGCCCGCAACAGCAGCGCCUCUUCUACCGAGGGAAACAGAUGGAGGAUGGCCAGACACUGUUUGACUACAACGUGGGUCUCAAUGACAUUGUUCAGCUGCUGAUUCGCUCACAGACCGACCAUCCAGACAGCCCUGCCACCAAGGACUCCUCGGGUGUUGGAUGUAGUUCCAUUUCUCCCCCCGAUUCUAAGUGUGAAAGCCACAACUCCUCGGCUCUCGUCUCCCCCGCUGCUAUGGAAACCACCAGUAUAGACAAUGACAGCAGCUUCAGUACCAGCACUGUUAAUGAAACCAAGCCAGACGCCAGCAUUACCAGUAACGCAACCAAAAAUGGGUUCAAGUCCUGCAGCCCUGCGCAGGACACUCAGUCACCCACGUCCAGCAGGAACACACUAGUCGAUCCAGGAAUUGGCAUGUACAAGAUUAACGAGCUGGUGGACUGCAGAGACGUCAGCAUCGGUGCCUGGUUUGAGGCCUGCAUUGAAAAUGUGACACGCGCUCCCAAAGGACAGAUAACGCCCACAAAGGGUAAGGUGGGCCGGCCCCCAAAAAGGACUAAUGGAAAACUGGAGGCCGAGCAGGGACAGGCCCACGGCCACGGUCAAAACACGGACAGUAACAGGACUAAUGUUGUGUUAAACUCUGAGAGUAACGGAGCCUCCACCUCUCAGACAGACUCUACAGCAGCGUCGGAGAGCAAGGAGAGAGAAGAGGACGUAAUUUACCACAUUAAAUAUGAAGACUACCCAGAGAAUGGUGUGGUGGAAAUGCGACCGGUGGAUGUGCGACCACGUGCCAGGACACUGCUGCGGUGGGACCAGCUUGAGGUGGGCAUGCAUGUGAUGGUCAACUACAACAUGGAGACACCAGAUGAAAGGGGCUUCUGGUUCGACGCAGAGAUUGUGUCCCUCAAGCAAACCUCCCGCACUAAUAAAGAGCUCAGAGUCAAUAUCCUCCUCGGGGGUCCUGGAGAUGUGAUUGGGGAUUGUAAAAUUCACUUUCUGGAUGAAAUCUACCAAGUGGAGAAACCAGGAGCUCGUGCACUAUCGGCUGCAGACGGACAGUUUAAACGAAAGAGUGGUCCGGAGUGUAAGCACUGCAAGGCCGACCCUGACGCAGAGUGCCGUUUCUGCUCCUGCUGCGUGUGCGGGGGGAAGCAGGACGCUCACAUGCAGCUGCUGUGUGAUGAGUGCAACAUGGCGUUCCACAUCUACUGCCUCAACCCACCGCUGGCCACCAUCCCAGAUGACGAGGACUGGUACUGUCCAACCUGUAAGAAUGACACCAGUGAGGUUGUCAAGGCAGGCGAGAAGCUUAAAGCCAGCAAGAAGAAAGCCAAAAUGCCUUCUGCAACCACCGAGAGUCAAAGAGACUGGGGAAAGGGUAUGGCCUGUGUGGGGCGUACUAAAGAAUGCACUAUUGUUCCUUCAAACCACUAUGGACCCAUUCCUGGUGUUCCUGUUGGUACCACUUGGAAGUUUAGAGUUCAGGUGAGCGAGGCAGGGGUUCACAGGCCACAUGUCGGCGGCAUCCACGGGCGCAGUAACGAUGGCUCCUAUUCGCUGGUGCUGGCUGGAGGCUUUGAAGAUGAAGUGGACCGGGGAGACGAGUUCACCUACACGGGCAGCGGGGGUCGUGACCUCUCAGGAAACAAACGGAUCGGAGAGCACUCUUUUGACCAGACGCUGACUCACAUGAACAGGGCACUGGCCUUAAACUGCGAUGCACCUCUGAAUGACAAAGACGGAGCAGAGUCCAGGAACUGGCGAGCAGGAAAACCUGUACGAGUGGUCCGCAGCUCCAAAGGUCGCCGCAUUAGCAAGUAUGCUCCCGAAGAAGGAAACCGCUACGAUGGCAUUUACAAGGUGGUAAAGUACUGGCCAGAGAUCGGGAAGUGUGGUUACUUGGUGUGGAGGUACCUGCUGAGACGAGAUGAUCAGGAGCCAGCGCCUUGGACCCCUGAAGGUGUGGAGAGGAUCAAGAAACUGGGCCUUGCUGUUCAGUACCCCCCAGGCUACUUGGCAGCCAUGGCCAACAAAUCAAAGAAGGAGGCUUGUGCUCGACCCGGUCGGGGCGGCCGCAGUAAGCACUAUCCCGGGAGGGGGCGGCCACGGAGGCAACGCAAGAUUAAGGAGAAAGAGGAGAACGAUGACAAGGAGGAGGAGGACGAGCAUCCAGUGGCCAAUGUGGAAGAGGAGUCUCCACAAAGUAAUGGAGUGCAGAAGACAACAAGAGAUAGUGCAGAGUCAAAACCGGUGGAAGAGCCUCCUUCUAAACGGGUGAAGAUAGAGGAAACCUUCCAGCUGUCAGAGCAGCAGCAGCAGUUGAUCCAAGAGGACACAGCCAACAAGAAACUCUGGGAUGAAGCCAUGGAGCACCUUAAAGAGGGACCGAAUUUCCUUCGCAAGAUGGAGCAGAUCUUCAUGUGUGUGUGCUGCCAGGAGUUGGCCUUCCAGCCCAUCACCACCGUCUGCUCACACAAUGUUUGCAAGACCUGUCUCCAACGGUCGUUUCGGGCAAAGGUGUACACCUGCCCCGCCUGCCGCCACGACUUGGGCAAGGACUACGUUAUGACCCAAAACAAGACGCUUCAGAUGCUGCUUGACCAGUUCUUUCCCGGCUACAGCAAGGGCCGAUGAGGUCGAAAUCACGUUUAUAAGUAGGAUACACGCACAUAAGCACCCAUUCUGUGCACCCUCGUAUACUGUCAAGUACCUAGAGCUCCACUUUAAAAUGCAUUGCACACUCAUAAUGUACUUACCCACGGGCUAAUGUAUAUUGCAUAUACAGCCAUUUAUGUAUACAAUCAUUCAUACACAAACAACCUCAGUAGGGACUGACCUCAUCUGUUGAACUUGGACUGUCUCCAUCAGCAUCACCAGCCUGAAAAAUCAACCGAGGACAUUUUUUAAAACUUCCUGCCACACGAACGCACACGAAAACCAAUGCACAAAAAAAAAAAAAAAAAGAGUCCCCAAACUCACGCUCACACUAGCCAUCUCAACAGUUUUUCCCUUUCCACCGUGUUGUCCACCGGUUCAAUUAAUUGCGCUAUGCCGUCAGAGUGCAAAUUCUCCCCCGGCAACAUCACAAGCUCAGCAGUUAAGAGUUUAGUUUCCUGCCACCCUGUUUGCAUUUUGUGUACCAUGCAUGCAGCUUUACACCAAAGCACUGAGCCAAUCGGAGCCGUUUCUGAGCUGGCUAAUAAAAAGUGGCCGGUGCUAGGAGGCGGCGGAGGUGAGUAGGUCGUUUGACUGAGAGGGUGCCAACAGAGUUGAUCUGUUGUUAACGUGCAUUUAUAAUGAAGCACACUAUGUCUUAUUCCCAUGAAGCACUUUAUUACCGACAUGUGGAGCAGGCUUGUUUUGUAGGUUAAUCAGGAGCAAGUGCUAACAUCCUGCUCCUCAUGUCACUUGGAAUAAUGCCAUUGCUUUGCCUUGAGCUAACGGGAAUAGCAGAUGUCUCACCAGGGGUAACUUUCCUUGUAUUGGCAGGGAACACAAAUUGGCAACUGCAUCCAGUUUGUUUAGAGUGCUGGAAAAUUUCUGGUUCCAACAAAGCUGCAAAUUUUACAUACUGAUGAGACGCACCAGUGAGUCCCCUCUUUACGUUUUACGUGGAGUCAGAAAAGCCAUUUGCUUUAAUAAAGACACAAGGCCACAGGGCCGAUUAUGGGCAAGGAUUGCAGGAGUCUGCUUUUAAAAAGUAACCUCGGCUGGUGAUUUGUGCCUGAACACGAGAUAGAACAAACGCACUGUUGAAACUUCUUCAGAAGCACCAAAAAGUCCAGCAGUGUCAGAAAUGUGUUAAACGUCACACACGGAGGAUUAUAAAUAUAGUUCUGGUUCACGGUUGUACUUAUUAAGUCAGAUGACAUCGACAAAACUGUCCUGGUAUGUCAGGUCCAUAUGUUCUGGUGUUUUUCAACGAAUGCUUUGAUGUUACAGGAAUAAAAGACUGAAGAGUUUUUAGAUGCACUUCUGUUUCAGUGACUGGUGUCCCUGUACUCAAGAAGGCCUUCACAUAAAGCUGGCUGGUCUUUAUUGUUCAUCUGCUGCUGUUCUACCUGUUAGUUAAUGGUCGGUGGAGAGCUCUGGAGGUGUCCAGCAUGAUGUUAUUCUCCUCUAUUUUGGAAAACUACUUUUUUAAAAUGCUUUUUUUAAAUAAAAAAAAAAGAUUUUUUUUUUUUUUUUAUAUAUAUUUAGCGACCCAUCCCUGAUGUUAAACUAGACUACUAAAAGCACUUGGAGUGCACUGCAUAAAUCAUUAGCUUCUUUGAGUUUGAGACACUAUAACAAUACCUAGUCCAGGAUACUACUGACACUCAAAAAUAUUCUUACUUAUAAGUUGUUUUGGUUUUUUUCUUUCUUUCAAUGUUUGACCAUAAAUCACAUUAAUCCCCAAUUGUUAUUGAACUUCUUGUUCUUUAUUUGUAUGUUUGGCUGCAUAGUAACACGUGGUAACAGUCCUGUCAUCACCUGUUGGACCCAAACACAGCACAUCCUCACCCCCAUGUUCACUUACCUUGUGUUAUUUUUUUCUGCUGUUGCCUUUCAUCAGAUAUUUUGUUGACAUUGAAUUCAGAAGCCUCUGUGCCCUCUGACAGUAUCAUACUUUAAAAAGGUGUUGCUUUAAUUGUGAGCGCGGGAGGCAGAUUCGCACCUCUUUCCAGUGCUGAUAUGGUACUUUAAAAUGUCCAGGGUUGGCAGGUCUGAUAGCAGCUUUAACAAACGCCUCACGGAGAGCAGCAGCGGCGCAGUCUCGGACAGAGGUCACCUGGAGCGCUGACGUUCGGUUCGUGCAUCCGAGUCGGCUUUGUGGGAAAAAUGUAGCCCUUAAGGUGCAAAGGCCUUCGAGGCACAGACGUGUUUUGCGUAAAGCUGAGACGAGGGCAGCCUCAGCUUUUUUCUUUUUUUAAAACUCUGCUGACAUUCAGAUCAGAGGUGAACGCUGUCUUCUUGUCUGACCCCUCCCCCUCGAACCCCCCCUUCAUUGGCAGGCUGUUUGUAUGUGGUGAUGUCCUUGUUUCUGCUCAAUCAUUCAGGAUUUUCUUUUUUUGUUGGGUUUUUUUUGGUUUAUUUUUUUUCUCUUUUUUAUUAACAUGCAAGUACAGAUGCUACUAUGGUCUUUAAAGCUAACUGUGAUGUGCAUUACUUCCACUGUUGCUUAAUAUUGUUCAGAUUUAUUUCUUCUUGCAUUGACUGGCAAGCUGAUACCCCUCCUUUCUUUCUCUGCCGUGACCUUUGCUUCCUCCUCCUCUCACUCCACUGUCUCCUGCCCUCCGUGAACCUACAGUACUAACAACUUUUAGACGUCUUGUGGACGCUUGGCUUCAGUGCUGUGUUUUUUUUUGUUUCGUUUCUUUAUUGCACUCUAUUGAAGAGAAAAAAAGUUUAAGAAGUCACAUUUGAUUUUCCUAGAAUGCUUACUAUUAUCUGUGUCUGCACACCUUUUUUUUUUUUUUUACUCAGCCAUUUUAGUUGCUUCUGUUUUAAUCAUUAGUCAUUUUUUUUAUGUUGGCGACUUCAAACAUUUGCAGCAAACGCCAGUCUGAGGAGUUUUAUUGCUUCAUAUUGUGAUCUGAAAUUUUAUACAUGUCAUGAUAUUACUUGAUAUGUACCUAUUAAAUAUUUGGAUUC